UCAAUGCCGUCCCUUUUAACAAGUUUUCCUAACGAAACAUAAAAGUCAAAUAUUGGUGAUGUUGGGUGAUGUUUGAGCCAGUAUCAGCAAUAAAAGCUAUUAUACCAUUCACUAUUUGAGAACGAAGAAUAUUCAAAUUAGCGAGUCACCCUAUAUGUAACCGCACAAGAAAGUGAAGACUUUUGCAGGGAGAGCAUGCAUGUUAUUGGCCGCUCGAUAAGUUGCUGCUUCCCGUAAAACUCCGCCCCCACAGCCACUACCGCAGCUACUUAUCCAGCGGCCGUUAAAAUUUAAAUCAGUUAAAGCCAAGCGAUCUAAAAGAUUAGCAGCCAGAGAAACACAAAGCACAUAAAGAAUACAUCAAAACAUAGUCAUUAUGUCAACGUCUAACACCAAUAUUGUAAUAAAAGUAGAACCAGAUACAAGUACCAGUACAACUACAAGUACAAAUAGAAGUACGGGUAUAAAUACAAAUACAAAUACAAGUACGAGUGGUACGAAUUCUAUUAAACGUAAAGUAUCUACGAAUUUAACACUGCAAAAGAAAUUAGAAGCAGUAAGAAAGAAAGAUGCAGGUCUUUCAACAAUUGAAAUAGCAAUGGAAUAUAAUAUCAGCGAAACUACCGUAAGGCGGUGGAUUCGAGAAAGGGAGAAAUUGGAAAAACACAGUCUUUCAUUAACAUCAAAGCGCUUACGUUUAUCACCUGUUGAGAAAGUUAAUCAAGCAUUAACGAUUUGGUUCCACGGGGAACAAAAAAGGAACAACGCACUCACUGUUAUACAAGUGAAAGCAAAAGCUCAGGAAUUCUUUCAGCGUUUUGGUGGUUCAGAAUCCUUUAAGGCAAGUGAUGGUUGGUACCGUACAUGGAAAUUCAGGAACGGUAUUCGUUCCAUAGCACCAUCUGGGGAACCAUCAUCUACAAAUACAAAAGCAGCAAACCAAUUUACCACUGAAAUAUCAGAGUUAAUAGAUAAAGAAAACUUAACUUUAUAUCAGAUAUUCAAUGCGGACGAAACCGAGCUCUAUUUUAAAAUGAUGCCAAAUAGAAGUUCAAUUGUAAAGACAGAGCACCAACUUCCAGGGCAUAAAAAAAUUAAUGAUAGACUGACUGUAAUGGCAUGUUGCAAUGCUAAUAGUUCAUUCAAAAUGCCAUUACUAGUAAUAGGGAAACAUCAAAAGCCAGCAGCAAUGAAACAUAUAGCACCACAGUUAUUAUCUGUAAAGUAUACAAAUCAGAAAAAUUCCUGGAUGAGUGCAAUCAUCUUUGAGAGAUGGUUUAGGGAAGACUUUGUUCCCCAGGUUGUUGCUUUUUUAAAAUCAAGAGGACUACCAGAAAAAGCAAUCUUACUGUUGGAUAAUGACAAGUCACAUCCAUCACUAAAUAUGCUAACUGUAGAUGGGAUCAGAGCAAUAUUUUUUCCAUCAUAUGUAACUCCACUUAUACAACCCCUUGAUCAAGGAGUCAUCAAUGUAAUCAAACGAAGAUACAAGGCAAAAUUUUUAAAAUAUUUAAUAAACGCUCAGGCUGAUGGAAUGAAUUAUAGUCGAGCAAUAAGCUCAUUUAACAUAAAAAACGCAAUUGAUUUAAUCGGUGAUGCAUGGGAUGAAAUUAGUGAGAAAACAAUCUCGAACUCUUGGAAGAAAUUAUUAAAUAUGCCGGUUGAUGAAGAUAAUAAUAAUCCUGAUUAUGUUUCUUCUGAACAAAUCUACCAAAUGUGCAAGAAACUUCGAAGUCAUGAAGAUAUUACAUUAGAUGAAAUUAAUGAAUGGAUACAUUCUGAUGGCUUAUCAACCUUAACGGAUGAGGAAAUCAUUGAUGCUGUAGAGAAUCCUGGCAAUGAUGAAACUGCAGAAACAGAGAAUGACCAUUAUACAGAAAGUGAAAUUUCACCUUCACAAGCAAUGGAGGGUUUGGACUGUGCCAUCUCCUUUUUUGAAAAAACUGGUAUCCUCAUAUCACUUUCUGAUAUGAAAAUUCUGAAAAGGGUGAGAGACGAAUUAUUGAAAAUUAAAAAUCAGAUUUAAUUUAGAAGAAUAUCUAAUAAUUAGGGGAGAGAAUGGACUUCUCAGUUAUAACAAUAAAAAUUUAUUUUGUUA